UUUUUGUUUACUCAUUCUUUUCCACUCGUAUCUGUUUGGUUCCAAAGUUCGGGUUGAUCAGUCGCCAGUAAUGGAUAAGAAACGGACCAAGAUAUGUGUGAUGGUGUGCGAAUAGAUCUAUCGGUGAUUACUAUCGAGACCGAGCGACUGAGCACGGUCGACACGGGGCUCGUCGAGCAGAUCGAAACACUGUUGUCGUCGUCGUCGUCAUCGCAGCAGCAGACUUGUUGCAUACCUACUUGUUACGUUCGUACGGUUCGGUGACAUAAGAAACAUUUUCGAACAUGAAGAACGGGAAUCAAAUAACCGCCGAAGCUUUGAAGGAACAGGGUGUCGAAUACGUUUUUGGAAUAAUGGGUCAUCCCGUGAUCGAUCUAGCUUUGUCUAUGCAGAUCGCAGGCGUUCAGUACCUUGGAUUUAGAAACGAACAAGCCGCGUGUUACGCUGCGCAAGCCUACGGAUAUCUGACGAGAAAACCGGCGGUGGUUCUGUGCGUCUCCGGACCAGGAUUGCUUCACGUGAUCGGUGGGAUGGCGAACGCCCAAGUCAACUGUUGGCCAGUGAUAGUGCUCGGUGGGUCCUGCGCUCAAGAUCACGAGGGUAUCGGAGGGUUUCAGGAGUGGCCUCAGGUAGAAGCCAGUAGACCGUAUUGUAAAUACGCCGCUAGACCGCCGUCCGCGUCGUUGAUACCGCUUCAUGUCGAGAAGGCCGUCCGUCUCUCUACGUACGGUCGACCCGGUGCCGCGUACUUGGACCUCCCGGCCACUCUGUUGUGCCAAUCGAUCGAAGAUGAAAAGAUAUACAGAGUCGCGCCCUGUCCACCACCGCCGCUCACGUUUCCCGAUCGUCGAUCGCUCGAACGAGCCGCCGGCUUGCUCGCACGGGCAAACAGGCCGUUGUUAAUCGUGGGAAAAGGUGCGGCUUAUGCCAGAGCGGAGAAGCAAGUUCGCGAUCUCGUGCGUUCGACGAACGUUCCUUUCCUACCUACGCCGAUGGGAAAAGGAGUCGUUCCGGACACGGACGAGAGAUGCGUCUCCAGCGCGAGAACCUACGCUCUGCAGAAGGCCGAUGUCGUUCUCCUGUUAGGCGCCAGAUUAAAUUGGAUGCUGCACUUUGGGAAACCGCCGCGUUUUCAAUCCGACGUGAAAACGAUUCAGGUGGAUUUGUGCGCGGAGGAGCUGCACAACUCUGUUCCAUCCGAGGUCGCUGUUCAAUCGGACGUGUCUACGGCCGCGGACGGGCUUCUCCUAGUUUUGAAAGAACGCGGAUGGUUCGUCCGAGACGAUGGCUCAUGGUGGAAGGGUCUGCGAGCCACUUCGAGCAAGAACAAAGCGACGAUUCGAGCCAUGUCGAUGGACGUCUCGGUGCCAUUGAAUUAUUACGCCGUCUUUAAACGUGUUCGAGAUACUAUACCCGCUGAUUGCAUCGUUUGCUCGGAAGGAGCGAACACGAUGGACAUCGGGAAAACGAUUUUGUUGAAUGAUGAACCCCGACAUAGAUUGGAUGCCGCUACCUUUGGCACCAUGGGCGUAGGCUUGGGUUUCGCUAUAGCAGCUGCUCUUUACUGCAAGAACUAUGCCCCUGCGAAGAGAGUCAUCUGCGUGGAGGGAGACAGCGCGUUUGGAUUUUCAGGCAUGGAAAUCGAGACGAUGACCAGAUAUAAACUACCGAUCAUCGUUAUCGUCGUGAAUAACAAUGGCAUUUACAGCGGUCUGGACAAAGAAACUUUCAGACAGAUACAAGCUUCGGGAGAACCGACGCAGGUGACACCGCCACAUUCAUUGACGGCGGAUACGCAUUACGAGAAAAUGAUGGAAAUGUUCGGUCGCAAGGGGUACUUUUGCAUCACGGUAGAAGAUAUAGAACGCGCGCUAAAAGCUGCCCUUCAAGUAACCGAUUCUCCCAGUUUGAUAAACAUCAUGAUCAGUCCACAGGCAGAUCGUAAACAACAAAAAUUCAAUUGGCUCACGGAAUCAAAGCUUUAAAUUGAUCGAGUGUACCAAGUGGAGAAACUGGUACAAUUUAUUGUUUAUUUUUUCUAUAUGGUAUACGGUUUACUAGCACAAAAGCACAUUGUUUUUGUUCUUCGAUGAGAAAUAAAUCACAUAUUCACAUAUCGUUCAACAA